UUCACAAUGACACGAAUGAAGCCUUCCACAUUUGUGACAGGCGUGUUCCUCAUCGGCGCCCGGGCGUCUGUCUCACAGAAGAAUUUCUGUUUAAUCAUCAGGGUCUUUUCGGGGGAGAAGGAGAAGCUCUUGGUCAUAAAAGCAGAAGAAGACAGCGCAGCAUUCAGGCAGCUGGAGAGUUCGACGGAGCACCUGCAGUGGAGUCCACAAGGUAAAAAAGAAUCCUCAGCACACUGUUCUUCUACAGUCAGUCCUUCACAGCAGCCCUUCUCUGGACAGAUGAAGCCACUUCUUCUGCUGGGGAUCUUGUGCACCACAUGUGCAGCAGCUCCUCAAGACCUGUCAGGAAAAAUGUUCACGUUCCCCAAAGAAAGCAUCUCAUCAGGCGUGAAACUCAUCCCUUCUGAAACUCAGAUCACUUCAGUCACCCUCUGUCAAAGAUACUUGACUGACCUGAGACGGGAUCACGUCCUCUUCUCGCUGGCCACGCCAAGCUUUUUCAACGCCCUGAUGCUGAUGUGGGUGGAGGGACAGAAAAGCAUCUUUACUUAUGUCAAGAACGCCGAGUCUCAAUUCGAUAACCAGGACAGGAAGCUGAACACGUGGCACUCUGUCUGCUUCACCUGGGAAUCGAGCACCGGCAUCGCUCAGCUGUGGUUGGACAGUAAACCCUCAGUUCGGCGGUUUCUUCUCUCUGGAUGGAACAUCAAUGAGAGGUCAAUGAUCAUCAUCCUGGGACAGGAGCAGGACAGCCACGGUGGCUCUUUCAGCGCCAGCCAGAGCUUCCUGGGCAUGGUGGCGGACGUGCACAUGUGGAGCUACGUGCUGUCGCCGGGCCAGAUCCGGGCCUACACGGACGGUCGCAAAUUCACACCCGGGGAUGUGAUCAACUGGAAAGCCCUGGAGUAUAGGAUUUUUGGCCGUGUGCUCAUCGAGAACAAAUCCUGGAAACAGGACGUGACUUCAUGUUCGAUCGCUGGCAUUUGAGUUGUUUACUCCCAGAGAGAUUGAAUCUUGUCAUCGCACAGAAGCACUUGUUUUCUUCCUGCAAAU